GGGGUUUCUCUAGCUGUAUAUAAACAGAGCUGUGUGUUUCGGCUCAAGGCUGUUGGAGAGCCCGUCUCAGGGGCGAGGAGGCUGGAGGCGGGAAGACGUGAAGACGAGAACGAGACUUCUGAACAAACAGCGGGCCAGUUACUGAGGAAAACCAGAGUAAAUCCCUUUAGGGAGGUCUUAAUUAGGCACCAGCUUCCAGAGCGUUUGCAGCGUCAUGCUGGAAAAUUCUCCGGUAAAUAUGGCUGCAGACCAGACAUGUUCAGGGGGUCAGGAGAAACCCCGAGGCAGCCCCGGGUCACAGCUGCCGCAGUCUGUGCCAUCACGGGGAGCCCUCGCUGGGGGGCAGGACAGCAGCCGUGAGACAUGGCACGUGAACUUCAGGGCGUUCACCAGCUCGGAGAAGUCGGACCCCCUUGAGGACCUGAGGAGGCUGUCUGAGCUGUGCUACCUGUGGCUGAGGCCGGACCUCCACACCAAGGAGCAGAUCCUGGACACGCUGGUGAUGGAGCAGUUCAUGAUCUCCAUGCCUCGGGAGCUCCAGGUCCUAGUCAAGGAAAGCGGUGUGCGGAGCUGCAAAGAUUUGCGGGACCUGCUGAGAAGCAACCAGACCCCCAGGAAAUGGACCAUAGUCACCUUACAAGGACGGGAAUUUCUUGUGCAAAAUUCAUAUGCUCAGAUGGCUGAAGCUAAGGUCAGUGACAUGGACCUGGUGACGGACUUGUCCAAGAAGCCCCGAUUGCCUGUGAGUGAGACACGUCCAGAGGGCAGCCAGAAGGUCAGCGGAGGGCUGCAGAAUUUGCCAGGAGUCAGUGAGCCAUCGAGGGGGCAGGGACAGAAACUUCUCCAGCUGGAGACCAUUCCUGGGAAAGGUGUGCAGGAGGGUCUGAGCCCCAAGGAGAACUCAAAGAAGAAUCUGAUGGAAGAUCCGGAAGAGACGGCAAUACUGAAAUCCCGAGAGCCUCAGCUUCUGAAGGGUCCUGAUUCCAUGAGGGCGAAGGGUGGGAAAAAUCUCCGAGAAGGAACCGGUAUUACGAAUGUGGAUGCCGACACACCUUCUUCCGCCCCCGUUUCAGAGAGACAGAUUUCCACUUGCAGUGGGAACAGAACAGAUUCUCAGAAGAAGAGUCCAAGAAAUCCCAAAAGAAGAAAACUGGACAACACCUCCAUUUCUGAAGAAGGGAGCCCGUAUUUGGACAAAGGAGAAUUCUCAGCUCAACCUGCAUCCAAUUCAGUCCAUCCUGUUGGGAAAGAAGCCCUGGGACAGACACCAACCGUGUGCAGCAUAUGCAAGAAAGGAUUUCGGUAUAAAUCUCAGUUUUACAUUCACUGGAGGACGCACACGGGAGAGAGGCCUUUCAAAUGCGAGGCCUGUUCUGGGGCUUUCCUGCAGCCUUCAGACCUCCGAGUCCACCAGCGAAUCCACACAGGGGAGAAGCCCUACUCCUGCGAGCUCUGCCCCAAGACGUUCACCCACAACUCCACCCUGCGGAGUCACCAGACGAUCCACACGAAGGAGAAGCCUUACCCGUGUGAAGACUGCGGGAGAGCUUUCAGCCACAAAGGCAACCUCAACGUCCACCGGCGCACGCACUCGGGAUUAAAGCCCUACACGUGUCACGAGUGUAACAGCGCCUUUCGUCAGCUGGGAACUUUUAAACGCCACCAAAAAACACAUUCAAAGUGAGUGCCUGAUGAUUCCGCGAUCAGGCCCGAGGCCCUUGUGCCCCAAGAAGGAAGUUAAUGGUGAUCUGUCACCGAUUUUACAAAAAUGCCAUGGGACAUCUUGAGCACUUAGGAGGUUUCUGGACCACAACAGAUGUUCCGUAAAGGUUAAUUGUGAGGCUCUUGGGAUGAUGACAUCUUCCCUAUUGGUGUUCAUUUUCUGUUUGAUUACGUCCCAUUGUUCCCUCGUAAGCUUUCUGGUUUAUGUUGCUAUUCUUGCCAUGAAGGCAAGUCUCAUUUUCAAUAUUUCCUCAUAAA